CAAGUAGUGAAACGUGAAAUACUAAUUUACAAAGCAAUAUUUAGUAUUUUAUAUAAAUAGAUUUAUGUUCAAACACAGUUUAGUCUAAGUGUGGCCUCUAGAGUCUAGUGCCCUAUGUGCUUAUUGUGUCUUAAAAGUGUCGUGUAAACAGUGCGUGUCGCUUAAUUAGAAGUAACUUGUUGCGGUGGUGGGCACUGACCACUAAGAAACGAGUUCCUAAAACUUCUUGAAGUUUCCAUGCUUUUUCACGCGAAAUGGAUGAUUUCCAUAAUCAGCCUAGCACAUCCAGCUGCGACUAAAAGGCUCAUCUGGUGCGGCAGUGGCUGGCGCGACUCAUGACGCGCUUCAGACAUAACAGUGGAUCGGUGGCGGGUGCGUCGGCGGGGUACGAGGUGACAACGGGGGCGGUGGCGGGCGCGGCGUCUGAGGUGGGUUCGAUCGCGGCCCGCGACACCGGCCUCGUGCCGCAAGCCCCGCUCACCAUGCCGCACGAGCAGCGAAAGAGGAAGGUCUCGCAAUUUACCGAAUCUUAUGAGAUGUCAGGGUGUGAUGUGCCCCGCCCGGCCUCUUCCACCACGUCCUCGCACUUGCACCAGCCCGCCAGCGCCACUCGCAAAAGAAAACCAUCAUCAUAUUCCGCAAACUCCGGGCCUUUAACAUAUGAAGACGACGGUACCGAAGAUUCCCGAUCCGUCCGAAGCCAGCCCGAUAAGAGACAGAACCACAGUGAAAUAGAGAAGCGGCGUCGUGACAAAAUGAACACGUACAUAUCGGAGCUGAGCGCGAUGGUGCCGAUGUGUGGGGCCAUGGCUCGGAAGCUGGACAAGUUGACCGUGCUGCGAAUGGCCGUGCAGCAUCUGCGCUCAGUGCGCGGGGCGAUGUCAGCAGGACCGCUGACUGUUCGACCGCGCCCCGCCUUUCUUUCCGAGCGCGAGUUGAACGCUUUAGUCCUUCGAGCCGCGGAGGAUUGUUUUCUCAUGGUGGUGGGAUGCGAUAGAGGGCGGCUUCUCUACCUAUCAGCCAGCGUCACCACCUUGCUACAUUAUGACCAGUCUGAGUUACUAGGACAGAGCCUUUUUGACAUCCUCCAUCCCAAAGACGUGUCCAAAGUGAAGGAACAGCUUUCCUCAUCAGACCUCAGCCCUCGAGAGAGACUCAUCGAUGCCAAGACGAUGCUUCCUGUGAAAGCGGACUUGGCUCACGGUGCAUCGAGGCUUUGUCCUGGCGCUCGACGAUCCUUCACCUGUCGCAUCAAAUGUCGCAUACCCCACGACCGCAAGAUUCACGAUGAUGAGCGCAAGCCUCGCAAGAAGACCGGAGACAAGAAGUACUGUGUUGUGCAGUGUACCGGCUACUUGAAAUCUUGGGCCCCAGCAGAAAUGUGCGAGCCGGGCGGCGCAACAGAAUGCGCGGGGGAAGACGAAGCCUGCAACCUGUCAUGCCUGGUGGCUGUGGGCCGAGCUGUGCCGGACUUGCUUUAUCCUCCUCAGCCGCCUUUAGUACCGUGUACUUCCUCGGACCGAGCCCCAAAUCCGCCUCUGAGGCAGCUUCAGUUCAUUUCGAGGCACGCACCCGAUGGGAAGUUUUUGUUUGUCGAUCAGAGAGUCACAUUGGCGCUGGGUUUCCUUCCUCAAGAGCUAUUAGGCAGCAGCGUAUACGAGUACGUAAGCCCUGGCGAACUCGGCAUAGUGGCGCGCGCGCACAAAGCCGCGUUGCUUCGCCGAUCGUCUGCACGAUCGGCUGUCUACUGCUUCCGCCGGAAAGAUGGCCUGUAUGCAAGCCUCAUCACCCAUUUCAAGCCAUUUCGCAAUCCAUGGACCAAAGAUGUUGAGAGUCUGGUCGCCAACAACACUGUUUUGGCGAUCGAUAUCCAGCCGUCCGGAGAUGGCGGGUUCGAUGGCCUGGUAUACAAAAACUCUGCGCAGCAAGGCAUGCCUCCUCGUUUAGAAGGCGAGGAAGCAGAUGUGGAAAUGCAGCGUUUGAUCGACUCGCAACUGGAGUGCCACAAAGUAGGCUCUACUAUCGCUGAAGAGGCUCUGCGCCGACCAUCCAAUGACUUUUCACCUGAACUGCCGGCUGAUUUGCUGCAGGAUGCCCUCUUUAAUCAGCAGCCGUCGCUGGUGGACAACAUCCUCUGUGGCGACGCGAGCGAUGCCAGCGAGUCGGUUUGCGGAGCCGUCCGCAACAAUGUCCCGCUCAGCGCAGCGGGAGCCCGGGCUACGCCACCGGCUGAGCUGUGCCCCACGCCGCCGCCGCUGUCACCGCCACCGAUCGACGGAAACGGGGAAGCCGCCAUGGCGGUAAUUAUGAGCCUCUUGGAAGCGGAUGCCGGCCUCGGUGGACCGGUCAAUUUCUCUGGGCUACCUUGGCCGUUGCCCUAAACGUUUCACUGCGCAAUUACAAUGUUUAUUGCCGCAACUGAAGUAUUGUAAUCAAAUGGGACCGGGACAUUACAGCAUUAUUGCAUAGUGCGGCUGCUAUUGUUUGCAAUGUUGCCGGGCCACUGUGUUGCAGCAAAAUAUGGCCCGUUUAGAAGCCCCAAAAGACAAUUAGAGUAAUAGAUCAGCAAUGUUCAUCGUGAUACCUUUAAGAGGGAUCGGUAUGGUUAAAUCAAGUCAGCAUUUCUAAUGUUUGUAUAAUCAAUAUCAAAAGACACUUGAUGUUAAAUACAUUAUGUAUUGAAACAAGUUCUCUACUGAGGGGUAAGGGAUGUCAAACUUAUAUAUGUACGUAUGGAUCCUAUUGGAUAUGGAUUUAUUGAAAUUUAUUAUUUUGUCAAGACAUUAUUGAAGUUAUACUUCUUUUGGCGCGAUGUAGAAUAAUGAUAACUAUGUUCCAGUUGUAUAUUCUAGUAUUUUUAUAUUUAGAACACGUGUUUCGUAACAGUACAACAGAGUGAAUAA